AUGAGCGACCGGCACGCCAACAUUGGGUUUGACGACUUCCGCACUGAGACUGCUCCGCUGGUGAACGCUGGGCUAGCUCAAGGAUCACCACUUUCCCCCAUCUUGUUUGCAUUCUUCAACGCCGACCUAGUCGACCAGCCCGUCGACUCCCAGGAAGGUGCAUCGGCAUUCAUUGACGACUACUUCCGAUGGAGAGUGGGGAGUUCAGUUGAGGAAAAUUUGACCAAGAUACAGUCCGAGGAUGUCCCUCGUAUCGAAGAGUGGGCACGGAGAACUGGAUCCUGCUUCGCAGCGGAGAAAACCGAGCUUAUCCACCUCACUAGAAAGAAGGGAGAGCAUAGAGAAGGACGAAUCAUCUUCGAUGGGACCGACGUCAGGCCAUUACCUACAGCCAAAUUACUGGGGGUGGUGUUCGACCAGCGACUUCGCUGGAAAGAGCAUGUCCAGCAGGCUAUCAAGCGCGCCACCAAAACGGCAAUCGCCUUAAGUGGACUACGACACUUGCGCCCAGAGCAGAUGCGACAGCUCUACCAAGCAUGUGUCGCGCCUAUAGUGGACUACGCAUCGACGAGGAACGUGCUGAUCAGAAUCCUGUCGGCGUUCAGGACGGUAGCAACCGCGACCCUAGAGGUGGAAGCCUAUAUACUUCCCACACACCUUCGCCUUCGCCACCGAGCGCAGCGCACGAUUGCGAGACUGCACACUCUACCCCGCGACCAUCCCAUUUGGAGUGCUCUGUCAAGACCCCAGAACCGUAGGAACAAUGUCGGAUCAAACGCCCGCUUCCCAUUAGCAGAAGCGCUGAAGACCAUGGACGUUGACAGGCUCAACGAACUGGAGAUGAUUGACCCACGCCCGCUACCACCGUGGCGAAAGGACGCCUUCACAGAGAUUGAGCUUGAACCGGACCGAGAGACAGCGAGAGAAAGGGCGGUGUCCGCAAAGGACACGUCAGACAUCGUCUUCUACUCAGACGCCUCCGGGCGUGAGGGUCUUCUAGGAGCCGCCAUCGUGGCCCUGAACGACAAUGAUGAGGCGACGGAAUCCCAACAGGUGCAAGUGGGGUCGAUGGAACGGUGGUCGGUUCAUGGAGCAUGUGGACCCUUAUCUAAUAAGGCCGCAGAGCCCGCUUCGUUUGUAUCCUUUACAACCCCCCUGAAAGAUUUUGGUACCGAUGAAAUCCAUUGA